AGAAUACUAAAUAUUAAAAUGUCAAACCGGUGGUUAAUUUUGUAUGUAGUGAUAAAUUAAACGAAAUUGUCGUGCAUAGUUAUGUAUUCCGGUAGUGAUUCGACGGAAUCGCAAAAAUUUCCCCAAUGGGCCUUAAAUCCAUCGACUUAUCAAAAUAUGGCAAACGACCAAGUGGAUUGGGCUGCGUUGGCCCAACAAUGGAUUAUAAUGAAGGAAGCCGGGCCUCCGCCCGUUCCUGGAGAACAGCCCGUAACGUUGAACAAAAAAAACAAACGGGAAGCUUCCCCCGAAAUGGGCGAAGCUCCCAUGGACAUGGAGGACAAGGAUGAGAAUCCUCCUUGGCCGGGCCCCCCCAAAGUGGCCAGCAAUGAGUGGGGUUGGAAUAAUCAAAAUCAAAAUUGGAACAACUCGUGGAACAACUCAUGGAAUGGACCCCCUCACUCUGUUCCACCCCCAACGGUGAUGAUGAAGCCUCCACUUCUACCAACUCCAAAGAAUUACAAUGAAUUGAGUGCCCCCCCUGAAAGCUCCAGUGAUAAUGCUGUGCCUUUUGCUGGAACUGCUCGAAGCAACGAUUAUUCUCCUGUUUACUGGACAAAUAAUAGAGUGAUCAAACCUAGAAAUAAACGCUUCAGUAAAAUUAAUGUCCCCACAGCUGUAGCUCCGAUUGCUCCAAUUGAAACACCACAAGCGGGAAGUCCUCCCACUUUGGAUGCAGCAAAGAGAAAGUCACUUCCAGCUUGGAUAAGAGAAGGUUUAGAAAAAAUGGAGAGAGAUAAAUUAAAACAGCUGGAAAGGGAAAAGGAAAAGUUUGAAAGAGAAGUUUUUCAUGAAAAAAUUAAGCAGACAGAAAAAGAAAAAAUGGAGAUUUUAAAGACCACAAUGCAAGAGCAACAGAAAAGCAAAUUUGAGAGUGAUGGUGAAUUGACUGAAGAGGAAGAACCACAAACGGAUGAGAAAAGUUUUUCAUAUAAGCCUGAACCUGUGUUGACACAGGAAGAACUGAUGUUAAAAGUGAGAAGGACAAUGACGGAAGUUCUUCUGAAGGUGACAAAUGCUGAGAUAGCGACAAUAGUUAAAGAAGAAUCCCUGAGGUGGAUUAAAAAACUGAAAGCUUCAGAUCAUCGUUCUUCAGCACCCAGUGGUGCCAACAUUACCGCCAAACUUGGGCUGGGUAUUUAUGGAGAGGGUUCUGAUAGUAGCAGCGAAGAUAGCGAGGACGAAUAUUUGAAAGAAAAGCGGGAUUCGGACUCGGAAUUGAAGGACAUAAUUCGAAAAAAGGUGAGCGAUUUCUCGAGAACUGAGCGCGAGAUCGAGGAGAAGUUGGCGGAGGCCGAGGGCAAGAAAGGGGGCUAUGCGAGCCGAGACUCAUCGCCAGACAGCUCACAAAACGAAUCACAGGUAGACGCUCGCACACAAGGUCGCAGAAAAAAAUCGCACGACGUGAGUCCCCCGCACAAGCAAAGAUCCCCGUCGACGUCGUCGGACAGCGCGUCUCCGGCGCGCGCCAAGAGCCGACCGAAGCCGAGCCGGCGGUCGAGCUCGUCGUCGGAGAGCGCGCACUCGAAGCGGUCGCGCGCGCGGCGCAGCCGGUCGCGCAGCCGCACGCCCAGGCGGCGCGGAUCGCCGUCGCGGGAGCGGCGCGGCGAGAGGACGCGCAGGCGGUCGCGGUCGCACUCGUCGAGGUCGUCGAGGCGGUCGCGGUCGCCGCCGGGCCGGCGGUCGAGGCGCUCGCGCUCGAAGGAGCGGGGCGCGAAGAGGUCGCGGUCGAGGUCGAGGUCUCGAUCGCACCGGUCGAGCAAGCGACGGCGCUCGAGGUCGGGCAGCGCCGCCGGCGGCAGGGGUAAGAGGUCUCACAGACACUGAACCACCCGAUUCCGAUGGCAAAAGGUUGUAUAUCCAUUCUGCUUUUCCGUUUCGUUUUUCGCCGGUUAUUAUGCACAUUCAGAAUUCGAAUUUUAUUCGUCUCUUACAAUAAUUUUAAAUUUAAAAAAUACACUAAAUUUUGAUUUGUUUUGUCGCUCCCC